UCUUCCUUCUCUCUCUACUCUCUCUCUACAUUUUGGAUGCUAAAGGAGGAGGAGCUUCAAAAAAAAGGUGAAGUUUCAGAGAUCUAAGGUCUGUAUUACAACUCUAGUAUUCAACAUUUAGUCUUGUGAUGGAAGAGGAGACUGUAGCAAGUUCAGAGAUACCAAUCGCCAAGGCUACUGAGGAAACUACUAAGGACGCAAUGCCAGCAGAUAAGGAUGGCAAGAAGGAAGACUUGGAUGGAGAAUUUAUAAAAGUAGAAAAGGAACCCGCAGACGUAAAUGAUGGCGAUUCCCAUACGUCUCAAUCGUUGGCCGUUGAAGAUGACAAACCCGCCAUCAUCGAGAAAAGCAGAGAAGUUCUCGAGGCCCAGGAGAAGGUAAAUGAACUUGAGCUUGAACUGGAAAGAGUAACCACAGCAUUCAAGCAUUCGGAGUCUGAAAAUGCCGAACUCAAGAAGCAAGUCUCACUUACAACAGAAAAGUUGGAGCAACAAGAGAAGAAACAUGAAGAUCUCGAAGUUAACCACAAGAAAUUAGAAGAACUUUUGAAAGAAGCCGAAGAGAGAUACAAUUUACAGAAUAGUACCUUGCAAGAGGAACUGCAAGCUCAAGAGGCUAACCAAAAGGAGCUGGUUAAAGUAAAGGAGGCAUUCGAGACUCUAAACAUCGAGUUGGAGACCACAAAAAAGAGGAUGCAUGAUCUAGAGCAAGAACUCGGUCUUUCUGCAAGUGACGCCCAAAAAUUCGAAGAGUUGCAUAAGGAGAGCGGUUCACUCGCUGAAUCAGAGACCAAAAGAGCAUUAGAGUUUGAAAGAUUGCUUCAAUUGGCUCAAGCGAGUGCAAAAGAGAUGGAAGAUCAGAUGGCAUUAGUCAAAGAAGAACUCAAAAGCCUGUACGAGAAGAUAGCUGAUCAUCAACAGAUCGAAGAAGAACUCAAGAAGAAUACCGCUGACCUAUCUGCAAUCCGAGAAGAGUUGGAAGCUUCAAAAUCACAAGCUGAAUCAGAAACUAAGAGAGCAUUAGAGUUUGAAAGAUUGCUUCAAUUGGCUCAAGCGAGUGAGAAAGAGAUGGAAGAUCAGAUGGGUUCAGUCCAAGAAGAACUCAAGGGCCUGCAUUCUAAGAUUGCUGAUCAUCAACAGGUUGAAGAAGCACUCAAGAAGAGUACUGCAGACCUAUCUGUAAUCCAAGAAGAGUUGGAAGUUACAAAAUCACAAGCUGAAUCAGAGACCAAAAGAGCAUUAGAGUUUGAAGGAUUGCUUCAAUUGGCUCAAGUGAGCACAAAGGAGAUGGAAAAUCAAAUGGGUUUAGUCCAAGAAGAACUCAAGGGCCUGCAUGCAAAGAUUGCCGAUCAUCAACAGGUUGAAGAAGCACUCAAGAAGAGUACCGCUGACCUAUCUGCGGUCCAAGAAGAGUUGGAAGCUUCAAAAUCCCAAGCUGAAUCAGAGAGCAAGAGGGCAUUAGAGCUUGAAAGAUUGCUUCAAUUGGCUCAAGUGAGCACAAAAGAGAUGGAAGAUCAAAUGGGUUUAGUCCAAGAAGAACUCAAGUGCCUGCAUGAGAAGAUCGUUGAUCAUCAACAGGUCGAAGAAGCACUCAAGAAGAGUACUGCUGACCUAUCUGCUAUCCAAGAAGAGUUGGAAGCUUCAAAAUCCCAAGCUGAAUCAGAGACCAAGAGAGCAUUAGAGUUUGAAAGCUUACUUCAAUUGGCUCAAGUGAGCACAAAAGAGAUGGAAGGUCAGAUGAGUUCAGUUCAAGAAGAACUCAAGGGCCUGCACACUGCUCAGCUAUCUGCAAUCCAAGAAGAGUUGGAAGUCUCAAAAUCACAAGUAUUAGAAAUCCAGCAAAAAUGCACAUCACAAGAGGCUCAAAUCAGUGAACUGACCGAGGAUCUGAAUCUGAAGAAGGUUUCUGAAUCUCAAAUCAAAGAAGAUCUUCUAGCGAAAGAAUCCCAGUUGGAAGAACUCAAACUGAAGCUUCAAGAAGAAGGAAGUGCAAAAGUACUGAUUCAAGAUGAGUUUAAGAGUCAAGAAGCAAAGUUGAUCUUGAUUCAAGAACAACUAGACAAAGCCACAAACGAGAAGGAAGCUCUUGAUGCAGUUGUGGCUGAUUUGAGAACCGAUUUAGCACAAACUAAGGACCAUUGCAGUGAUCUUGAAGCCAAGCUACAGGUAUCAACCGAAAACCUGAAGGCCGAGGCAGAAGAAGCAAAAUUGCAAGCCAAGGAGCUCGAGAAACAGUCGGAACUCCUCGAACUUAAAGCCAAAGAAACCGAAUCAGAACUCGAACAGUUUUCAGCUAAGAUAUCUGCACUUAACUCAACAUUAACCAGUCUUGAAGAAGAAAAGAAACAACUGAACCAGCAAGUUCAAGAUUCCACAGACAAAGUAAUUCAGCUAGAAUCCGAGUUAACCCAAUCGUCUGCACGUAACACAGAGCUCGAGUUGCAGCUUAAAAGUGCUGUUGAAAAAUACACUGAUCACGAAACAAGAGCCAUCACGAGCCAUCAACGUAGCGUUGAACUCGAAGAUAUAAUUCAGACAUUGAAUUCCAAAUCAGAGAAUUCAGGUCAAAGAGCCAGUGAAUUGGAGUUGUUACUAGAAACAGAAAAGUACAGAAUCCAGGAGCUCGAAGAACAGAUAAGCACAUUGGAGAAGAAAUGCAAGGAAACCGAAGAAGGAUCAAACAUCCAUUCUCGUAAAGUAUCUGAACUCGAAUCAGAACUCGAUGCAUUGCAAUCGAAAGCAACCGCUCUCGAGGCCGCAGUCGAAAGCGCCACUAAAAAGGAGCAAGAAUUGUCUGAAUCUCUGGAUUUAGCAACCACAGAGAAAAAACACCUGGAAGACACCUCCAGAAAAUCAUCAGAACAGCUUGUCGAAACUGAAAACUUACUCGAAGUACUGCGAAACGAGCUCAAAGUCUCGCAGGAUAAGUUGGAGGGAAUCGAAAACGAGCUUGAAGCUACCAAAACGAGAGAAGCAGAAACCAUUCAGAAGCUUAAGUCGGCCGAAGAACAGCUAGAGGAGAAAGAAACACUACAUGAAACCCACACUAGAAAUUCAGAGCUUAAAAUCCAAGAAGCAGUUGCGAAUUUUACCAGCAGAGACACUGAGGCCAACUCGUUGCUCGAGAAAUCAAGAAAUCUUGAAGAUCAAUUGAAGGCAUACGAAGUGCAGUUAGCAGAAUCAGCAGGAAGAUCUGCUUUGCUAAAAGAGGAAUUAGAUCAGCUUGUGCAGGUAAAAACCAACACAGAACGCGAGAAUGAAGAACUCAAAAGAAUCAUAUCGGAAUCAGAUGAUAAUGCAGCGAAGACCACCGAUGAGAAUGAAAUGUUGGUUGCAACCAUUAUUCAGCUCAAAGAUAAGAUCAAUGAGCUUGAAAUUUCUCUAAGUACAGCACACAGUGAAAAGGAGUCGGCAACUCAAAAACUUGAUUCACAUGUGAAGACCAUUGCUGAUUUAACUGACCAACAUUCGAGAGCCUAUGAGGUUGCUGAUAAGGCGGGAAAAGAGUUAUCAGAAGCGAAUUUGAAGCUUACUCGAGAAGUUGCCAUUUAUGAGUCUAGACUCGAUGAUCUCCAGACGAGUUUGUCUGCAGCUUUAGGCGAAAAAGAUGAGACGCUUAAUCAGCUUCAUAUCUCCAAGAAAGCAAUUGAAGAUCUGACAGAAAAGUUUACUUCUGAAGGGCAGAAGCUCCAGUCUCAGAUAUCAUCACUGGUGGAAGAGAACAACAUGCUGAAGGGAACACAUGAAAACGCUAAAAAGGAGCUUCAGACAUUUAUAGCUACACUUGAAGGGGAAGUGAAAGAACACACAUGUAACGAAACGUCUCUAAAGACUGAGCUUGAAAAUCUCAAGGCCGAGAUGGAAGAGAAUGCUGAAUUAAAGAAUAACCUAAAGAAUCUUGAAGAAAAACUAGCAGCAGCCCAAAACACCAUCGUUGAACAGAAAGAGACACAUUCACAAAAGGAAUUGGAAAGAGAUGCUGCUUUGAAGGAGGUUGAGGCAAAGAAUGCAUCGCUUUCACAUUUGGAGACACAAAUCAAAGAUCUCACUGAAAAGCUCAAUGCCAAACCCAAAGAAGAGGUGGUUAGCUCGAGUGAGGUGAAAUCAAGGGAGUUGGGAUCAAUGGCAGUGAAGCGUAAGAGCAAGAAAAAGGUGGAAGAAGGUUCAUCCACAGCACCAAAGGCACAGAUUGAAAGCAAAGAAGGUUCAAUUGGGACAAGCUUUAAGUUCAUAGUGGGAGUUGCAUUGGUCUCAAUUAUUGUGGGUAUAGUUCUUGGUAAGCGAUAUUAAUUUAUCUUUUUCUAUUUUUGGUUGAUAAAUGCUUUUCUUUUGGUUUUUGGUCUGGGAAGAAGAAGCUGUGAUUGGUUUGGUGUUUUCUUUUAGUUAUUAUUAUUAUUAUUAUUAUCUGGGUUUUGAUUGAAUGAUACGAGGACAUGGUGGUCUGUUUAUUCCUUCCCUAACCUCUCUAUUCAGUUAAGUUUUGUGAUCUUGAUGCUUAAUUUCGUUUCCUCU